GUCAACUCAACCGGUGUUCUCAUUCCCUUCUCGUAGACGGACUAGAAAAGUUCAGCCACCGACCCACCCGUCCCACACACGCUAUUCACUCCGUCACCACCAGCGUCCCCCCUGUCGGCUUUCCCGUGCUGCCGCUGCUGGUGGGUCCGGCGGCACUGCUGACGUGCUUCUGCACCAUCUGCAGCAGCUCAGCAAUGUCCUCGGCAGAGAAACGCUCAUACAAACUCUCAACCACCUGUGGAGAGAGAAGAAGCAACUCACGAGGCUUGAUUGCCUGCCAUGGCCGGUAGUUGCCUGGUUCCCCUCGAGAUCUCCCCUCGCCCGCCCACCAUUUGCAGCUCCACUUCUCUGGUCGGCGCGUGAUUGAUGAUCUGCAGCACGUCCGCCUCGGCCAGGUCGAACCGCCCGAUCAGCUCCCCUGUGAGCGCCUCGGCAUCGCUCACACGGAAGCGGCCGCACGGCAGCCUCUCGAUGUGGUCAACAACCUGCAAACAGAGCGCGGCAUCACUCAAUUGACCUGUGCGUGUGUGUGCCCUCAUUGAUCAUUCAUUCUGCCUCACUCACCCCCUGGUGCAGCGUCCUGGCCCUAAGUUCAUCGUCGGAGAUGUCAGCAAGGGUGGUGUGUGCGUCCGCGGCCUUGGCGAGGCUCUCGCGCAGCAGCUCUGCCACCUCGACGUUAGUCAGGUUGCCCGCGUUGCUGUCCACUCUGGGAGAGAGCAGAAAAAACCACAGACAAACACAGUGGAUGUGUGGAACUUUGCGGAUCUUCAUUUCUGGUGUUACACUUUCAUUCGACGCCUCCCUGUGAGCUCAUUGCUUCGCCACUCCAGUUCC